UGCAAGAGUUAGAGCUUCAGUUACAUUGGUGCGUUACCAGCGAACAGAGGAGGUUGGUCGCUCCUGUGGAAGAAUCUCGGCUUAUAUUUGGCACUUAUCAAUAGCCGUUGGUUUUGUAAGACUCAAUCGUUUGGACUUCUUAAUAUCUUCAUAUCCAAUACAUAACGACGGUAAGUUUCAAUAAUAAUAAUAAUAAUAAAAGGAAUAUCUGAAAGUUGGCAAACAUUGGGAAUAAAGAGGUAGGACCCGCAACUUUUGCUUGAGAAAACAUUGGGCUUCAGUUUUUGAAAGCAAUUGAUUUUUUUUACUUCGUUAGCUUGCUUUGCUUUCUUGUUUGCUUGCUUGCACUUCGUUGCUUGCUUUGCUUUUUUACUGAACUUCGCUGCUUGCUGGUGCUUCCUUGCUUGCACCUCGUUGCUUGCUUUGCUUUCUUGCACUUCGUUGCUUGCUUUGCUUUUUUUAUUGCACUUCGUUGCUUGCUGGUGCUUCCUUGCUUGCACCUCGUUGCUUGCUUUGCUUGCUUGUGUUUCCUCGCUUUCACUUCGUUGCUUGCUUGUGCUAGCUUGCUUGCAUUGUGUUAGCUUGCUUACACUUUGCUGCUUGCUUUGCUUUUUUGCUUGCUUGCACCUCGUUGCUUACUUUGCUUUUUUGCUUGCUUGCACUUCGUUGCUUGCUUUGCUUUUUUGCUUGCUUGCACUUUAUUGCAUGUUUGUACUUUCUUGCUUGUUUGUUGCUUACUAUUUCGUUCGGUUCCGUGCUUUCGAAAACAGUUCGUAUCCAGGUUUCGUAAAAGCUUCAGUUUCCUUUUGACUUUCUUGCGAUGAAAUAAAAUUGUUUUUAAAUAUUAGAAAAUAUGAAUUUAUUCAUUUAAGUGUAGAAUUAUUUUGUACAUUAAGUAAACUUUAACAAAUUUUUAUACAUUUUUUAUACAUUGAUUUCUUAUGGGAUCAAAUUUAACGUCUACAGGGACUCGUGUAAUAUGUGAAUACGUUUGCAAGCAUUUAAAUAUAAUCUAUAUAUCUAACGUUCUCUCUUCCUGUGACAUAUACAAAUGUUAAUAUUUAUAUGAAUAUUUAUGCUAAAAUACCCUAAUUCCAUUAGUAAUAUAUCAGCAUUUAUUUCUAAACCACAAAAAUCACAUAUAAAUUAAUUACGUUUUUAAUGUAGUAUAAUUCCAUAAUAUUUAUGGUAUUAAGUAUUUCCAGGACUUUAAUAAACAAAUUUGUAAACGUACUUGUAAAUACAACCGCAGUCACCUACAAUUAUAACCCGUAUAAUUACAACAAUCCUUUUGUGUUAGACUUCGUAUCUAUGAUGACGUAAAAGAGAGAGAGAGAGAAAAAAAAUUAAAAUAUAGCUCUAAUGUCCGCAGGUCAGGUCACAACCAUCCUGACUACCCAGGUCAGUCAGACCAGUCAGGUCAGUCAAACCACUCAGGUCAGCCAGACCAGUCAGGUCAGUCAGACCAGUCAGGUCAGUCAGACCAGUCAGGUCAGCCAGACCAGUCAGGUCAGCCAGACCAGUCAGGUCAGUCAGACCAGUCAGGUCAGCCAGACCAGUCAGGUCAGUCAGACCAGUCAGGUCAGCCAGACCAGCCAGACCAGUGAGGUCAGCCAGACCAACCCAGUAUCAACCGCAACAGAAUCUCCAACAACAUCGCCAUGCAGAGCGACAACAGAUUAUUGUGCUGACUGUGGCGUUGCGAACAUCAGCGUAGCCGACGCGAGAAUCAUCAAUGGGACAAAUGCUUCUCCAGACGAGUUCCCUUACCAAGUGGCAGUGAUUCCAGUCUUCGAUUCAGGGACCCCCCUCUGCGGCGGCUCCAUCAUUAAAAGAAGGUGGAUUCUCUCCGCAGCUCACUGCGUCAUGAAUAAGGGACAGGUGACGAAUGAGGUAACCAUUUUCUUCGGAAACAUUGUGCUGCUCCAAGCAAAUCGCGUUUCUGCCUCCCGUAUCAUCCCUCACGGCCAAUACGAUAACGUAACUUUCGCAAAUGAUAUCGCACUACUUGAACUUCCAUCGGAUUUGGACUUCACCGUCCCCAACGUUCGGCCAAUUUGCUUGGCAGAAGAAGCUGACAUUCCCUUCGGUGGCAAAGCUGUUGCUACAGGGUGGGGCAAAAUCACUAAUAGUGGAAACUCUACAUUCACGCUGCAAGAAGUGGCGCUGGACAUAAUAAGCAACUCCAAGUGUGCAGAAUUGUUCGUCUUGCCACCAGAGGGAGAUAAGGCAGUCUGUGCCUUGACCCCUUACAAGGGACCUUGCACUGGUGAUAGCGGGGGACCUCUUGUGGCAAGGAGAUGCGACGGACGUUGGGUUGUGUUUGGGGUAGUGAGUUACGGCAGCAGUUUUGGAUGUGCUUCUAGCAACGUACCCACUGUUUUUACUCGGGUAUCAGCUUAUCGCUCUUGGAUCGACGAGAAGACUGGGUCUCCAACCGCUUGUUGAAUAUUCGCAGACGUGUCUCCCUUCGCUGAAACUCUGGCUUUGACGUGAUGUGCUUUGAAGACCAUGAAGAACGAGGACGUCCUUUGAAAACCAUGGAGAACGAAGUCGUUCUCGAAGACCAUGAAGAACGAAGAUGUUUUUUUUGAAGACCAUGAAGAACGCGGAUGUUCUUUCGAAGACCAUGAAGAACGAAGAGGUUCUUCGAAGACCAUGAAGAGCGAAGACGUUCUUCGAAGACCAUGAAGAACGAAGACGUUCUUCGAAGACCAUGAAGAACGAAGACGUUCUUCGAAGACCAUGAAGAACGAAGACGUUCUUCGAAGACCAUGAAGAACGAAGAUGCUUUUUGAAGACCAUGAAGAACGAAGACGUUCUUCGAAGACCAUGAAGAACACGGACGUUCUUUCGAAGACCAUGAAGAACGCGGACAUUCUUUCGAAGACCAUAAAGAACACGGACGUUCUUUCGAAGACCAUGAAGAACGAAGACGUUCUUUGAAAACCAUGAAGAACGAAGACGUUCUUUUUUAAGUUGAGGCUGAAAUAGGCCACUUUGCUUGUGUCAGGUCUUAGUUUAUUAUUAAACAGUAGUCGAAGAUUCACACACAGGGAGAUGGUCUUACUUAUACCCUUUUCUUGAGUGUAAUUCUUCGUAAAUUUAGCAGUAUUCCAAGUUUUACAUCCAAGAAAAGGGUCUUAUUUUAUGCAUAAAUGCUUGAUUAUUUCACAGCUGAAAGUUUUCAUAAAGUUCGCUUUUAACUAUGCUAUAAGUUUUAGUUUUCCUUUUUUUUUCUAGCACUUAAAAAUUUAUGGAUUUGGGGUUAAUGUUCACUAUAAGUAAAUAAUUUGAUUUGACACUGAUUAUUAUUUUGGAGUUCUUGGCUAGUAGUUGCCAUGUUUCACAUCACAUUACCAGUUAUUAUUGUUAAUGUCCCUGUGCAUAUCACUAUUUUUCAUUUAUCUGUAUUUAUGAGGACCAUAAAUAAACUAUUUUGAAUAA